AAUAAGCUUUUUGGACGAAAGUCUGUCUUCUACUGCUCUCGCAAAUUUUUUUUUGCAAACAAUUUUUAUUGUUGUUUUUCUAUUUUGAUUGUGAAAAGUGAAUUCUAUUGUGUUAAAAUGGUUUCAAUUCAUCAAUCGAAUGAUUUAAUCCAUGGAUUUAAUCCUUUCCAGUAUUCGUAUGCACCGCAUUUAUGGACUGCGAAUUACCAUCCGUACUAUUGGAACAAGUACGCUUAUUAUGGAACAUCCGAUCAAUUUGAGGAUACUAAACUAAUGGCGCAAACAUCCGCUUCGUUUGAUACUCAGUCGGAUAGCGACGGAUCUGUGUCAUCAAGACGAUCAAGUUAUGAGUCAAUCACUACCAUUGAUAUUGGGUUAAUUCAAAAGAAGAGUGUUAACGAUGUAAAAUGUUGUUGGAAAAAUUGUGGCUUGUGGUUUCCAACCCUUGAUAAAUUAGCCAAUCAUAUAACGAAAAGUCAUGCGGCAAGUGGACCUGGAGGAUUAUUCUUUUGCGGUUGGGAGGGGUGUGUACGAAACAUGCGAGGUUUUAAUGCUAGGUACAAGAUGUUGGUGCAUGUACGGACCCAUACGAAUGAGAAACCACAUCAGUGUACUGUAUGUGAAAAAUCAUUUUCUCGAGCGGAAAACUUGAAAAUUCAUUUUCGUUCGCAUAGUGGAGAAAAGCCGUAUGUUUGUCCUGUGCCUGGUUGUAACAAGGCGUAUUCGAAUUCAAGUGAUCGUUUUAAGCAUACGCGCACACAUCAAGUAGAUAAGCCGUAUAUGUGUAAGGUACCUGGAUGUUUAAAACGCUACACUGAUCCAUCAAGUUUACGGAAACAUGUGAAAACUUAUCGUCAUUUCGUGACCGUUGCUGUUGAUCCCAAUAUGGCUAUUGUACAAACUAAAGAGGAAGUUGGAAGCGUCAUGAUGUUUGAAAAGGAAAUGGAUGAUGAGAUUCCAACACCAAUGACGGCAAUUCCUGUAAUGACUGAAACUGAAUACAAUGAUGAUUUCCCACCGAAAAACGAUGAAAACAUAAAGAAAGAAUUUAAAACGAAAAAUAACGCUCAAUGUAACUGCCGCCAUACUUGCAAUUUAGCUAAAAACAAUUCAAGCGAAAAGCAUUUUAUUAGUACAUUGUUAAGUUUGAAUGAUGCUUCUGAAGUAAAAUCAUGGGACCGAUUUUGGGUGCCAACCAUUACCCAAAAAGAUAAUGGCCAUCAAGUAUUUUAUACAAAUCCAAUUAUGGAUUUAGAUAUGCCAUUAGACUUAAGUAUAAGUAGAGAUUAAGGUUUCUUUAGAUUUUUAAGCUUUUUAUUGUUUUUCUUUUGUUAUUCAAACAAACUUUGUAAAGUUUGGGAGAUAAAUAAUUUCAUAUUUUAUUAAUCCAAUUAUGGAUUUAGAUAUGCCAUUUACAUACAAAGUGGUCAAAGUGUCACGAGUUAUUUGAUUGUUUACAUCGAACUAAUUCUAGAGCAGUUUAAAAUAUUUUUGGAUGGUUAAAUACUGAUUUUUAAGUUCAGACAUCUACACCUAAAUUUUCAGGCCGCUAUAGAAUUAACUCGAAAUUUAAGUAUAUUUAAACACCACGUGGAUGUAUUAUACAUAUUUGUCAAACUAAAAAUAGUUUUACUGAUUUUUGUGUCGACUUUGAUAUACGAGCAUGCUCUCUGUGAGUGGUAUAUGACUUUUGCAUCACUUUGUAUAAAAUAGAGAUUAAGUUGUAGAUUUUUAAGCUUUUUGUUGUUUUGUUAUUCAAAUAAAACUUUGUGUAGUUUGAAAGAUAAUAAUUAAUUUCAUGUUUGUUUGUGAUAUGCUGUUGUUUCUAGACGGUCGGGGGAAAGGGGGCAAUGAAAUUAUGUUUUAUCUAUGUAUUUUUGAAUUAAUUAGAUAAAUAAUAAUAAUCAAUUUUAUAAUUAAA